AUGGCGUCCAGACCGGAGAUGCGAGAAGACGAUGAGUCUGGCUUUUGCAAGUUCUUCCGCAACCUCCCGUUGAAAAACGACGAUACCGUCCGGAUAUUCGACCGAGGCAAUUACUACAGUGCCCAUGGCGAAGAUGCAAAAUUUAUCGCAAACAAUGUCUACCGGACGACAGCCGUACUGCGCAAGCUGGGCCGAGAGCCGGGCCUCGAAUCUGUCACCAUGACCACGAUGGUCUUCCGAAACUUUCUCCGAGAUGCACUCUUCCGCCUGAGCAAACGUAUAGAAAUCUGGCAGUCGACAGGGAAGCGAAUGGACUGGAAGGUGGUGAAGCAGGCUUCACCUGGUAACCUGCAGGACCUGGAGGACGAACUUGGUGGGCAUAUUGAGAAUUCGCCAAUCAUACUGGCUGUCAAGAUAAGUGCCAAAGCUUCAGAAGCACGUAACGUCGGUGUCUGCUUCGCCGAUGCAAGCGUGCGGGAGCUCGGUGUGACGGAAUUUCUCGACAACGACCUAUAUUCGAACUUCGAGUCGCUUCUGAUUCAACUUGGCGUGAAAGAGUGCCUAAUCCAGGCAGACGGAAACAAGAAAGACGUUGAGUUGAACAAGCUUCGGACAAUCGCAGACAAUUGUGGGUGCGCUGUUGCAGAGCGAGGAGCCGCCGACUUUGGUACCAAAGAUACCGAGCAGGAUCUCCCGCGUUUGUUGAAAGAUGAAGGCGCGGCUGGCACACUGCCGCAAACCGAUCUCAAACUAGCAAUGGGUUCGGCAGCUUGUCUGAUCAGGUACCUGGGCGUUAUGUCCGAUACAUCCAACUUCGGCCAGUAUCAGCUGUAUCAGCACGACCUCACACAAUACAUGAAGCUUGAUGCAGCAGCUUUGAAGGCGCUGAACCUGAUGCCAGGACCCAGGGACGGAGCAAAGAAUAUGAGCUUGUAUGGCUUACUCAACCAUUGCAAGACACCCACUGGUAGCCGACUGCUUUCUCAGUGGUUGAAGCAACCUCUCAUGAACCUUGCUGAGAUUGAGAGGCGGCAACAGCUCGUUGAGGCAUUUGUCAAUGAUACCGAGCUACGGCAGACUAUGCAGGAAGAACAUCUGCGAUCCAUACCUGAUCUGUACAGGCUCGCAAAGAAGUUUCAACGCAAGGCUGCGAAUCUCGAGGAUGUUGUCCGCGCGUAUCAGGUUAUCAUUCGUCUACCUGGGUUCCUGGAAUCGCUUGAUGCUGUCAUGGACGAGCAGUACAAGGAUCCUCUGGACGCGGAAUACACCUCGAAAUUGCGACAAUACUCGGCAGCUUUCUUAGGCCUACAGGACAUGGUUGAGACGACAGUGGAUCUUGAUGCACUGGACAACCACGAGUUCAUCAUCAAGCCCGAGUUUGACGAAGCAUUGCGCACGAUUCGUAAGCGCCUUGAUAGACUCAAGCGCGAGAUGGAGUCGGACCACAUGAAGGCCGGAGAUGAUCUGAACCAAGACACAGAGAAGAAGCUGUUCCUCGAGAAUCACAAAGUUCAUGGGUGGUGCUUCAGGUUGACCAGGAAUGAAGCAGGUUGCAUACGACAGAAGAAACAAUACCAGGAAAUCUCGACACAGAAGAACGGCGUCUACUUCACAACACCAUCCCUGCUGGAGAAGCGCCGAGAAUUCGAUCAGUUGUCGGAGAACUACAACCGAACACAAUCAGGGCUUGUCAACGAGGUCGUUGCCGUAGCUUCGUCGUACGUCCCAGUCGUUGAGAAGCUGGCUGCUGUGCUCGCACAUCUUGAUGUGAUUGUUGCCUUUGCACACGUGUCAGUGCAUGCACCUACAUCGUACACGCGACCGACAAUGCAUCCGCGUGGGACUGGCAACACCAUUUUAAAGGAAGCUCGACACCCCUGCCUCGAGAUGCAAGACGACGUAUCUUUCAUUACGAACGAUGUCAGCUUGGUACGCAACGAGAGCGAGUUUCUCAUCAUAACAGGGCCAAAUAUGGGUGGCAAAUCGACAUACAUUCGACAGAUCGGUGUUAUUGCCCUCAUGGCACAGAUUGGGUGCUUUGUCUCAGCCUCAGAAGCAGAGCUUACCAUCUUCGACUGCAUACUUGCGAGAGUAGGCGCAAGUGAUAGUCAGAUCAAAGGUGUCUCCACCUUCAUGGCGGAGAUGCUGGAGACUGCGAACAUUCUCAAAUCGGCCACAAAAGAGUCGCUCAUCAUCAUCGACGAGCUGGGUCGCGGCACAAGCACAUAUGACGGGUUUGGUCUUGCAUGGGCCAUAUCCGAGUACAUCGUGAAGGAGAUUGGCGCUUUUGCGCUCUUCGCGACACACUUCCACGAGCUCACUGCUCUUGUGGAUACCUACCCUCAGGUUCAGAACCUGCAUGUCGUAGCACACAUAUCAGAAGGUACUGCAGAGACGGAAGGCGGAGUGCAGAAGAAGCGUGAAGUCACCCUGCUCUAUAAAGUCGAGCAAGGUUUCUCAGACCAGUCGUUUGGGAUUCACGUGGCCGAGCUAGUUCGCUUUCCACAGAAGGUCAUCAGCAUGGCCAAGCGAAAGGCAGACGAGCUUGAAGACUUCGCAGGGAAGCACGAAGAGGGUUUCGUUCAGGCAAGCAGGGAGGAGGUUGAGGAGGGAAGCAAGAUGCUCAAGGAGAUGCUGGCCAAGUGGAAACAGGAAGUGGAAAGCCAGGGCCUAACCAAAAAGCAGCAGGUCGAGCGAAUGCGCGAGCUCGUCAGGGAGAACCAGGCGCUGCAGGGUAAUGGGUUCUUCAAGGGCAUACAAGCAUUGUAA